AGCUUCCUGGUUGUAAACUGCUUGAGAGUGCUGACAGCCAGUCAACUUCAAAAUCAGCCAGGAGAAACUUUCUCGCUGACUUUGGGAAGGAAUUAAAAAAUGCUGAAAAGUGCUGAUGAUGUUGUUCUGGAGCAGGAGGACUCUGCUUCCCAACAUGGAGAAAUUACAAGCUGGGAUAUCAAUGACAUCAAACUUCCUCAGGACAUAAGGCAGAUAGACUGGUUUCAAGAAUGGCCAGAUUCCUACGUAAAACACAUCUAUAGCUCAGAGGAUAAAAACGCUCAGAGGCACCACAGCAGCUGGGCAAUGAGAAACACCAACAACCACAACUCUCGCAUCUUAAAAAAGUCCUGCCUCGGGGUGGUGGUCUGCGGCAAUGACUGCUCAACCUUGGAUGGGAGGAAGAUCUACCUAAGACCAGCCAUAUGUGAUAAAGCUAGACAAAAACAACAGCGGAAAUGCUGUCCAAACUGCAGUGGACCUCUGAGGCUCCUUUCCUGUAGAGGCCAUGGUGGUUACCCAGUUACCAACUUCUGGAGGCAUGAAGGUCAAUUCAUAUUUUUUCAGUCCAAAGGAGCUCAUGACCAUCCACGUCCAGAAACAAAACUAGAAACAGAGGCAAGAAGAUCAAUACAAAAAGCACAGACAGCUUUUUCUCCAUCUUCUCCACGAUCAAAGAGAAUCCGGGAGACUAAGUCUCUGACAGGUGCGAUGCCAAUGCGGGAGGCUUUGCCUUCACUUCUUUCCAAGCCGGAUUUUUACAUGCUACCUGGGGAACAUGUAACCAAAAGCACCCAAGAGCCAACGCUUGGCAGCUGCUCUGGGCGGCUGCCAUACGUGAGGGCAGCUGGGGAGUUCAGAGACUCCGGAGAGGCGUCAACCUGGAGCAGGAGCCCAGCCCUCGGGAGGGCCCCCAGCGCCAGGAGGCCUUGCGGUGGCCCUGCCGUCCCUGCCGCUGGGCCGCCCUGUGCAGCCCCUUCCCCCUGGCACUGUGCCCACCCUGGCACCCAGCACGUCCUGCCCGCGACAAAGGGUGGCCAUGACACCUUCCAGCCUAAUGGUGGUCCUUUGGGGGAUGAAUUCUGUGAGGAGAAAUCCCCGCUGGCCUACAGCAACAGCUGCCUCCCUCCGCCGCCCUACCCUGCGCCUCAGGGGGGCCCCUGCCCCAUGGCGAGUGGGGCAGGACACCACUGCCAGCUCUCGGCGCCUCCGAGGGGAAGCGAAGGAGACAGGAGUGAGGGAGGGUGCCGUAUGGAUCUCAACUACUGCAACAACAACACGUUUUUUAACCCGUACCCAUUACGGUGA